UACCACGCAAUAAGCACAUUCUUCUUCUUCUUCUUCUUCUAGCUCAUCAAGCAUCUCCUCCUCCUCUGCAGCCCCUUCUGUUUCUGUGACGAUGGCUGCAAUGCUGAGAGCUGUAAUGGCGAUAGCGACGGUGGCAGCCAUCUCUGCGAUUGCCAUGGGCGCCAACUACGACGUCGGCGGCCCCGCCGGCUCUUGGGAUCUCGCCACUAACUACACGCAGUGGGUCUCCGGCAAGGCAUUCCGCGUGGGUGACACACUGACAUUCAAGUAUGCGUCGAGCCAUGACGUGUUGGAGGUGUCGAGCGCCGCCUACAGCUCGUGCACGACGAGCAACCCCAUAUCGACGAGCACCGGCGGCAACACCGUCGUCACGCUCAACAGCACCGGCUCCAGGUACUUCGUCUGCGGAAUUCCCGGACACUGCGCUGGUGGCAUGAAGCUCCAGAUCGACGUCGCCUCCCCGACCUCAACUCGUCCUCCUUCUCCCUCCUCCACCCCCCGCUCCCCUGUUGCUCCCUCCCCGCGCUCGCCUUCUGCGCUUCCGCCGUCAUCUUCGACCCCAGGCUCCGUCCCUCCGCCGGCAUCUUCGACCCCAGGCUCCGUUCCUCCGCCGUCUGCCCCCACAGCGUCGCCGCCGACACCGAGCGGCGCUUGCCUGAAGGCGAAGGCAACUCUCGGACUCGGUUCGGGAAUCGUCAUGCUGAUGCUUAUGGCCCUGUGAGAGAUGAUGCCAUUCGCUGUCAUCAGUUGUUGCUCUUUCUUUGUCCUCUGUGGACUCACAGUGACAGUGAAUCAUAGGAAGCAUUGUUAUGUAUUGAUUCAUUAGAUCAAUAAGAAAUAAAAAACAUUGUCAUGCAUC